GUUACGGCGGCAAACAGCAAGACCAGUGUUUGGAAACGAAGAGAAACCCUACAGAGCAUUGUCAGUGUCAGUACGCGUUGACUGGCGUUGACUAAAACACAGAGACUACAGUCGUCAGAGCCAACCGGAAAGGACGAAGGGAAGAAGCUGAGGAGUGCUCGGAAACGAAGGAUUCCCAGUCGCUCGCGUAGCGGAGAGGAAUUUGAGUGGGUCCUCCUGGUCUCGACGCUGUCGACGCUAUCGGAAAAUCAAGGUAACAGUUUCAGUGAUCAUCGUUCCAGUUUGUUUUGCUCAAGAUUAAAGGAAAGUAGAGAUGGAGGAAGAGGAGGAGGACAAGUUAAUUAAUGGCAAAUUCCUGCAAAUUGUCGGAUGAUAUGGUGGCGCAAAUCCUGUCAAGGUUGCCACCUAAAUCCCCUGAUGCGGUUCAAAUGCGUCCACGAGUCCUGGCGUGAUCUGAUUGAUAGUCGCUUUGUGGCCAGCCACCUCUCGAAUUCGAAUAAUUCGAGGUCCUCCGCCCGCAUCGCCGUCAGGCAUAUAGUUGGUGGCGAGGAGGAUGAUAAGGAGGACGUUUUGGGUGUCAUUUCUUUAGUGAUACAGUACACUUUCAUAUUGUUUCAUUUAUUUCAUUAUCACAACCCAAAUUUAGAGCGAGCGAGCGUUUCUUGUUCAUUCAGGGGAAGAGGUAGAGGAAGAGUUAGACCAAUGGGCAGAGGAAAUGGGAGAGUCGCAGGCAAAGGCGAUGAAACUCAAUUUGCAUCCUCUUCUCGAGUAGUAACUGAGAAAAUCGUACAUGCAUAAUUUACUUUGUUAACUUGAGGCUUAGUUUGCUAUUGUUUUUAGGGUUUAGGUGCGAGGAGGAAGAGGAAGAGGUAGUUGGGCCAUGCCCUGAUCAAGGCGAAUGGAGUUCACUCAGCGAUCUGCUGCAUUGCCAUCGUCUUCACAAACUGUGACAAGAGGAAGAGGUCAAGGCAGGGCCAGUGGAGCAAUGGCAACUUCACAAGACUUGCCCUUCCGACCAUCCACUUUGGUCAUUGCCAAGCCCGGGGGAAGAUCCAAACACUAAGCCAUGAAGUAUAUAAUCUGCUGUCGGAGUUGUGCAACCGAAAGCAACCUGAAGAGAAAGUUCCUUAUUGCAGCUUCUGAAUGAAUAGAGAGCUGCACCAAUUAUAAAGUCAAGAGCCCCAACUCCAAUCACUAUCAUGCCUUGCAAGGCCUUAACAACAACCUUCAUCAUGUAGUUUUAAUGAAUUAUGUUUUGAAACCUCACUCAGUGGGGUUUUGAAUGGUAAGUUUAUUGCUUAAUUAUUGGUAAGAAAUAAUUAAAUGCAUUAGACUAAUUGUGUUUUGUCUUUUAAACAUGUGGCAUAAUCUAGAGGGGCGUAUGCUAUACAAGGGUUAAGGGGACUCUUAACUGACUGGCUUAAAUCCUGUAAACUAGGACAUCUAUGGUCCGUUUGGAAAUGCUUCUCUAGAAAGCAGUUUUGCUGUAAGCUUUUUAAGUAGAUCCACAUAGAACUGCAGAACACUAACCUUAUAAUUAUGCUGAACACCGGGCAAGCCAAAUUUAAUUAGAGUGUUGCUUUAUUAUCUUCUCUCCGUUUCCUUUAGUUGGAUGUAGUGCUUCAAAAAUAUCUUUUCAAGAUAUUCUCUCAUUGCAGAUUUUGAUCACCAUGUUUUCUUCCAUUUACUUUCCAUUGUUUCAAUUAAUCACAAUUGACACUAACCUAGAGCUUCACUUGAGUUCAGUUUCUCUAUACAUAUAAGAAGAGUAAUUCGCCGAUUCCCCCCCUUAACCUGUACCCCAUUGCCGAUAUUACCCAUAAAGUUUUGGUUUGGCCAAUUUUUUCCCUAAAGUACUAUGAAUAGAUCAUUUCUCCCUAUCUUCAAAUUUACCCAAAUUCGAUCCAAAAAGUCACAUGUUGGUCGUUGAAUCUCCUUUUGUGUUUGUUAUAUUUCCUUUCUUAAUCUUAUUAUUGUCCUCUUUUUUUUUUUUUUUUAAUUUUGAAAUGUGACAUUUUCAAUAGAAAGUUAGAUGAAGUACGGGGAAACAUGGCCGUAUGCGGAAAUUGGCCCUUUAUGUUAAUUUAGUGGGAAAUCGUCAAAAUAUUCUUGAUUUAGGGAAAUGAUUUCUGCACACCACAUUCCUCCACCUACAGACCCUGUUUAUUUCUGCUCCUUGGUUCUCCUUUGGAUUUAUUUAGUAUAAUACCCAGAAAUAAAUAGGGUGUGCAAAAAAAGGAAAAUGGUGUGCGGAAAUCAUGUCCUAUAUAUAUAUAUAUAUAUGGGUUAUUGUGCACUUCUCUCUUGAUGUAACUUGUAACGUAAAGUAUGUUCUCGAGACAGAUAAUAAAUGACACCCACAUUUGGACAAUAUAUCUUUUCCUUUUUAGCUUACAAAAGUCCAAAGGGGGCCCUGAACCCGUUCCAUCAUCAAACAGCAGCAAAAGAAGAAGAAGAAACCCUAGAGAGAAAUAUCAGUAUGACUGAGCAUUGACUAUAACAGAGAGACUAGUCAGAGCCGAGUGGAAGGAAGAAACAAUGAGUGUUUGGAAAUGAAGGAAUCUCAGUCACUCCGAUGAGGAAUUUGAGUGGAUUUUGAAGUUUAAUAAAUUCCUGCUCUUGGACUCAGCACGAUCGGAAAUCCAAGGUAAGAUGCUCCCUUGAUCUUGCUCCAUCAUUGUUCCGCCUUAUUUAAUUUGCUGAAAAGCAUAAAAGGAAAAGUAGAGGAGGAGAAAUUAAUUAAUUAGUUAAUGGCAAAGUCGUGUAAUUUUACAGAUGAUAUGGUGGUGCAAAUCCUGUCUCGAUUGCCACCUAAAUCCUUGAUGCGAUUCAAAUGUGUCCGUAAGUUAUGGUGUGAUCUAAUUGAUAGUCCUAGCUUUGUGGCGAGUCACCUUUCUAACUCAAAUUCGAAAUCAGAUUCCUCCACCAGCAUUGUUGUAAAACAUACUGUUAACAAUCUGAGGGAUCAUAGGAAGCACGUUUUAUUGUCAUUGCUUAAUGUUUCAGAGGAUUUUAGUGAUAGUGAUGACUGUGUUGAGGAUCUUAGUGUUGCAUAUCCUUUGUUGAGUGUAUCUUCUCCAAAUUUUGAAAUUGUGGGUUACUGUGAUGGGAUUUUCUGUCUAAGUAUUCACUUUUGUCCUGAGGAUAUUGGUUUAGUCAAUCCAGCGAUCAUGGAAUUUCAGCUUCUUCCCCAGCCUUGUCUUCUCCUGCCUCCCCCAGAACCAGAUGUUGCUGAUAGAGUGGAUACCAUUACCAAUGCCGUUGGAUUUGGGUAUGAUUCCAAAGCUAAAGCAUACAAGGUUGUUAGAAUUGUGAAAUUUUUGCCGGGGCCUAGAAUAGCAGAGGUAUACACUCUAGGUGUUGAUUCUUGGAGAGAGGUCAAGUUUGAGAUUGAUUUUUCUGUCAUCUGGACACCUUCUUUUUAUGUCUACUUCAAGGGUGUUUAUCAUUGGUUUGCUACUGAUCUACAAAAUAAUGAUUUCAUCCUUACAUUUGAUAUGGGUGAGGAGGUAUUUGAUAAGAUACCAGUUCCGUAUGAUUCUCUGGAAAGAUUUGCAUGGAAUUGCAGUCUUGCAUUAUGGAAGGAAUCCAUUGCUUUGUUCUGCUACCGCAAAGAUGAAGGAACUGGACUUUCCAUCUUUGAUAUAUGGGUGAUGGAUGACUCUAGUGAUGGGGUAAAAAGUCCAUGGAGUAAGAAACGCUUAACAAUCGAAUCUGUACCAAGGAUUGAGAUUCCAUUGAUAUUUUGGAAGAAUGACGAGCUUCUUCUGGCGGCCACUGACGGAGAUGUUGUCUCCUAUAACCUACGCACUCGAAACCUCAAAUACCUUCCUAUACAUGGCAUUGAAAACCCACUAUAUAUUCAAGCUGUUCUUUAUGCAGAAAGUCUUGUUUCUGUCAAGGUAGGCGACCAGCCUCUGGCCAUAGAGCCAGACAGAGACUCUGGAAGUGUAUCGUUCGAGAUGUACUUUUACCCAAGGCCUGUAUGAGCCUAUGCACUGGAAAUGGCUAAGCUGCUGAUAGAGUGAUAUCGCGCGAUGAUGGCAUUGAAAACAUAAAAAACGUCUACAUGUUGUACUUGGACAAGAAAGGUGCCGUUUUGUCCUUGUUUCUCUUGGCGAUGGCAAAGUAGUAGGGGGGCCUCGUGUUCGACUUGAAUUUCGUUGUUGUGAUGGACUGUAUUUUGAAAUGUUAAUUAGGCUAAGUAGAAAAGACAGUGCUGAGUUGGUCGUGCAAAUUUGAUUGUGGGUCUUUUCUUCUCUAUCUUAUGAACUUCAAUGUAUGGAAUUUGGUUUUCUGUUUUAAUGGAGCAACUCUAUUUUAAUUACA